AUGGCUAAGCAAUUUACAGCUGAGCAAGUCUGCGAUCAAAUAUUAUCCUAUGAUGGAUCUGACGACGAAGCUGUCAGGGAACAAAUUAUUGACGAUUUUGACGAUGAAGAAAACAAAAGUUUCAGUAUCAUAUCAGAUAACUCAGAUCCUGAAUAUGAGCCAGACAAUACCGGGGAAAUUAGCUCUGAAGACGACAGCGAUUAUGACGGGGAAGCAGCUAAUCAAAGCGAACCUGCCCAAGUUCCCACAGAUGAGACAGAGAACUACACAAGCAAAAAUGGACUUGUUUGGUUAUCAGCUGAUCCUCCUUCGAGCAGGACAAGAGGAUGCAACAUUUGUCACACCAAAGCAGGGCCUUGUGGCAAGGCAAAACUGAUUCUGACUGAAAAUGAUGCACUCUCAUGUUUCCUUGAUGAUGAUAUUCUGCACAAGGUGAUUCAAAAUACUAACCAGUAUGCAAGAAUGUAUAUGGUGUCUAAAGGCAGAGAUCCUAACACAUGGAAACGAGUUGAUGAAACUGAGAUGAAAGCCGUGAUAGGAGUCCUCUAUCUGCUUGGGGUCUACCGCUCUCAGCACGAGUCUCUGCGAUCUCUCUGGUCCAGCGGUCACAGCGGGAGGCCAAUAUUCAAAGCUGCAUUCAGCAUCAAUAGGUUUGAACAGAUCGUAUCAUUUAUGAGAUUUGAUGACCGUAACACACGUCAGGUAAGAAAGAUAAAUGACAAAUUUGCUCCAUUUAGAUCACUCUGGAAUGCCUUCAAUGAAAAUUGCAGGAAAAACUAUAACGUUGGUCCGUAUGUGACAAUUGACGAGCAGCUCAUCCCAUUCAGAGGACGUUGCAGCUUCCGUCAGUAUAUGCCCAAAAAACCUGACAAAUACAGCAUGAAACUGUUUCUGAUGUGUGAUGUUGCAACGGCAUACACUUUCAAUGGUCUACCAUACACUGGCCGCGAAGGCGAUCAGCGGUGCACAGGAUUGGAAGAGAGUGUAGUAAAGAAAUUGGUAGAGCCAAUUCUGAACUCUGGAGUAAAUGUCACAACUGAUAACUGGUUUACAAGUGCAAAACUCACUGCUGAUUUGGUCUGCAAACACAUUACCUUGCUGGGAACAAUGCACAAAAACAAACCAGAAAUUCCACCUGAAUUUCAUGCCUGUAAAAGGAGACCUGUGGGAUCAAGCCUGUUUGGUUUUUGCCAAAAGCAAGCCAUGGUGUCCUAUGUGCCAAAAAGAAACAAGGCCGUUGUACUUUUAUCCAGUAUGCAUGACAAAAAAGAGAUUGAUGAGGUGUCUGGGAAGCCUGUGAUGAUCCUAGAUUAUAACAAGACGAAGGGUCCUGUGGGCCACGUAGACCAACUGUGCCACACCUACAGUGUACAGAGGAGAACAAAGCGUUGGCCCUUGCCAUAUUUCUACAAUUGCCUCAACCUUGCUGCUAUUAAUGCACAAGUUGUUUUCGUCGCAAAGUUCCCAGAUUGGGAAGCUGCGAGUCCUCACAGACGUCGCAUUUUCCUCGAGAACCUUGGACUUCAGCUACUGAGACCAUGGAUGCAAGAAAGAGCGCAGGUACCACGACUUCCCAGAGCAUCCCAGAGUGCCCUGAAACGCUGUGGUUUUAUGAAACAGAACCCCACCGAGGAGGAACAACAAACAGGUGCCAGAAAGCGCAGAAGAUGCCACAUCUGUCCAUCAUCACUCGAUCGCAAAACAGUGGACCGCUGCUGUGAGUGUGGCCAUCCAUGUUGCAAUGACCACAAAAGAGUCACUUUCAUUUGUGACUAUUGUUCUCAUUGA